UAGAUGUUAAAAUUAUAAGGUAAAAUCCUGGAAAAGAAGUUAACUAAAACUGGAUCCAAGAAUCACAUUGAAAGUUAAUCACAAAACAUCUCAAACAACAAUAGUCCUGUCGUUGGAAGAUAAAAGUCUUAUGAGAAUUUGUAGAAAGUCAAUAAGACAUUUAUAAAUUAACCUGUGUCUUAAUAAAAAUUAAGCAGUAUUUUAAAUGUAAUAAGUGGACAAUAAUAAAACACUAAAUAAAAGUAUUCAAUAAACAACGAAUUGAUUGAAACUGUUAAGAUUUCACAUAAGUUACGCAAAAAUCAAUCUAUGAUACAUAUAGAAUAAUAAUCUCCUGCUCUAACUAAAAAUGCUAGCUUCCAUCAUUCAGUUAAAAAUAAAAUCAAUAGUAAUAGUGUAUCAAGUGAUUAAUCUCAAAUUUAAAAAGUCAAAGAGAAAAUUAAAUUGUUAUUAUAGGAACGAGAUUAAAAUCUACCAUAAGAUACUAAAGAAUUAGCAUUUAUGACUAAAUUCAAUUAAAUACUAAACUAAUUAGUAGUAGUACUAUUCUAAGAACCAAAUCUUUAAGUAUCUCAAUAACAAUUCAAUUUGCCAUCCUCAACUUAAGAUACAUUCUAAGCUAUUUAAAUUGAUCAUUUCUUUAAAAGACAGAUUCAGAUUUUAUAAUAAUCUUAUUAAUAACAAUUAGAUAAAAAGAAAAUGGAAAAUGUAUUACUUUAAAUCAAAAAGAAAUAAGAAAUCUUACAGUAAGAAAAUGAAUAAUUAUCAGAAAAUAAAUAAUAAAUGAAUGAUUAAAUAAUCUAAUUGAAGUAAUAAAUCUCGGAAUUGUAAAAAUAGAAUAACAAUAAUCAAGAAAAUAUUUAAUUAGAAUCAGGUAUAUAUAAAUAUAUAUUAAAAAAUAGAAACUCAAGAAUUGAAAUAUCUCGUAUAAGGAUAAUUUGAAGCAAUAUAAAAAUUAUUAUAAAGAGAAUAAUUAAUGAAAGUAUUUUUAAAAAGAGUUGGUGAUAGUUCGAUAAUAGAGUAAAUUAAUUUAUAUUUUUAUAGAAUGUUUGAAUAAUUUAUUUAAAGUGCAGAAAAUGUUAAUUAAGAUGAUACUGAAGGAAAUUUGAAUAUAGAUAUGUUACCAUAACAAAAACAUUCUUAGAUUUAAAAAAACAAUUAAUUAUUAUAAUAAUAAUAAUAAUAAUCAUAAUAAAUUCCAGAUAAAAUAAUUCAAUAAUAUGAAACUAGUUAUAAAUAAUUAGAUUUAUGUGAUUCCUUAUUGGCUGAUGAUUCAAGUAAGAAUUAUAUACUAAUAUUAAGGAGUUAAUGAUUCAGAAGAAAGUAGUUUUGGAUAUUUAGGGAAAGAAUAAGCAACAGAAGUUAGUUGUUAUUUUAAUUAAGCUUAGUAAUAUAUUAUUUAAUUAAUAUUCUAUUAGAUAAUUCUAAUAGUAACUAAACCAAUAAUAAUCUGUAUAAUAAUAGAAUUAAAAAAUGAAAGGGAAAUCUAAUAAUAACAAAGACAAAUUAAAAAUUAAUAUGAUGGAUGUGUAAUUGGCAUAAGCUGCGUAAUUAUUAUAUAAUAAUUGUAUAAAGUUAGAAACAUGAAUAUCUAAAAUAACAAUAGUUAAUGUAACAAUAACAUUAACAUCAUGACAAGAUUCUACCAGAUGAUAUUAACAGUGAAGAUGUAUGUAAAAUGUAUAUUCAUAGUUUUGA